AACCAUUUAAUGGUCUUUCAGCUGCCAAAACCCUACCCAUCAUAAAUGGUGUCGUGAGUGUUGCCAUUUGUUUCAACUCUCAACAUAUUCUUCUUCUUAAUCUGUUCAUAAAACAACAGUACCAAAGCCUGAACUAAAAAGAAGAGAAGAAAAUGUCUCAAAACUCAGCUGACCUCCCAUGGAAGGUAAGGCUCUUUACAUCCCUCUUCUCCUUCACCUUUAAAGUCAUGAUUCGUCGCUCUGAUGGAUCUCUGAACCGCCUCUUGCUCAACUUUCUCGACUAUAAAACCUCUCCAUCGCCUGACAAGCCCAUAGAUGGUGUCACAACCACUGAUUUCACUAUUGAUGAAGACCGCAGCCUUUGGUUCCGCCUCUACAACCCCGUCUUCAGAACUUCAACCACCGACAAUGAAGUUAAAAUCCCAGUUAUUUUCUACUUCCACGGGAGUGGGUUCGUCUGCUUGGCGGCCAAUUCAAAGCUGUUUGAUGAUUUAUGCUACAGGCUCGCCCGCCUGCUACCUGCAGUCAUCAUCUCUGUAAACUACAGGCUGGCUCCUGAGCAUAGGUAUCCAUGCCAAUAUGAAGACGGUUUUGAUGUUAUAAAAUUUAUUGAUAAAUCAUACCUUGAAGUCCUUCCAAACCAUGCGAAUCUCAAGCACAGUUUUGUUGCUGGAGACAGUGCUGGUGGCAAUCUAGCUCAUCACAUGGCACUAAAGGCUUGCAAAUCUGAACUUUCCAAUAUAAAACUGACUGGAGUUAUAGCCAUACAGCCAUUCUUUGGAGGAGAAGAGCGUACAGGAUCUGAAAUCAAGCUUUCUAGAGAUCCCUUUGUUCCAAUGGAUACUACAGACUGGAUGUGGAGAUCGUUUCUGCCAGAGGGUUCGAAUCGGGACCAUCAGGCGUCGAAUGUUUUUGGGCCUAACUCUGUUGACAUUUCAGAGCUUAAAUUCCCUGCAGUUCUUGUUAUUAUUGGGGGGUUGGAUCCUCUCCAGGACUGGCAAAAGAGGUACUACGAGGGACUGAAGAAAAGUGGAAAAGAAGUGUAUUUAGUUGAGUAUGUCAACGCAUUCCAUUCAUUUCACCUUUUUCCUUGUGUGCCUGAGUUUUCUUUGUUUAUCAAGGAAGUGAAAGAUUUUAUGCAAAAACAAAUGUCCAGAUGAAGAAAUUAACAACUUUCUUCUGCUUAGGUGUUUAUGUUAUCAGCUUGAAUUAUCUAUUUGUUCUGCUUUAUUA